GAAGCUUUCAGCGGGAAUCGAAGAGAAACCAUUUGUUUCUGGUAUAAAGCACUUCACAUUAGAGCCUUACCUUCAGGCUCUUUUAUCUUUACUUUCAACAAUACUUCCCACUAGUGUUGCAGCAUUUCCACUAGAGGGCAUACAUUAAAGUGCUAUUAAAAUGAGGUGGAAAAUAUGUGGCAUGACACCACCUAUGGGUGAGUUAGUGAUCCUGCCACACAGCUCUUCUCUUCAUGGGUUCAAUGAUAAUAGCACGGCUUCUCUUAGAUUCUCUUGGAUCAUUCAGCAGCAAUGCGUCCACUCUGCUUUCCAGCUCAAUUUCCAUUAACAAACAUUUUCUCUCAGCCUCGAGCUCAUUCAGCUUUCUAAAUAUCUCUGGGUUAAAUUCAAACACACAUAAAGCUUGAAAAGGCCCAACCUUGUUUUGCAGUAGAGUGGCCCCUCUGCCUCAGCUCUGCAGUGGAUGUCAGGAAUGAACACAGUGUGAAAGAGCUCCAGCUAGCCUCUGCCUCUGCUAUUAAAAGAUAAACUUAUCUCCUGCAAGCAGAUGGGUUUUCUUUGGUGUGGAAUGUGUUAUUGGUGUGUUCCUCAAACUGACGUUGCUCUGUAUUUGACGUACCGUUACUUAAACCUUAAAUAACACGUCAGUUACAAAAGGAGGAAACCUUGGACUUUUGAAUUGCGCCUAAAUCAAGAUGAAACAUUUGGACCAGGACUGACCAUAUGUGGCCUAUAAAAUUAUAUUUUAAAGAUGACCGGCACCCCAAGGAACGCCUUGGAAUUUGGUUUGGCUCUUAAAGGAUGCUCUUCGGUUUAAGCUUAGCUGUCCUCCUUCACUUGGCUGUAACAAGUGCACACACUGCCGGUAAACCCUGCACAUGUUCAGCCCUCCUGCCUGCUGGCCUGCAAGUCAACUGCAGCUCUUUAAACCUCAAUGAGCUACCUCACCUGCCUGCAGACACAACAGAGCUCUAUAUACAGGACAACCAGCUCACCUCUGUGUCUCCAGGCAUGUUUGACAGUCUGGUUGGUCUGAAAAAGGCCUCACUGUCUGGGAACCCUUUCCACUGUGGCUGUAGGAUACAAUACCUGAGGAACUGGUUGCUUAGGAACAAGGCUAUUGUCUCCGAGGAGCCCACCUGUAGCAGUCCGAGUUUGGUGUCUCAGAAAGCCGUCUCUGAACUCAGUGAUGACUUUUUUUCAUCCUGUACCCCUGCAAGCUGCUCCAAUGGAACUUCUAACACCCUGGUGGGAGUGAUGCUGUGCUGCCUCAUUGUCCUUCUUCUGUGGAGUUUAAGACUUGCCAAAAUGUCCACCUUCACUCUGUACAUAGAUGAGAGACAAUCGGGAUUUGCAGCUGAAUCGCUACACUCACUAAAGCCCAAACACAGGCGGAGAAUGCACACUGAUACUUACACCAUGGAUCUAGAGCCACCUCUAAACAUGGAGUUACUGCCACAAGUACUGGAUAUAUUGCACAAAAAGCACAACAUCAAGAUAAAAGCUACCUGAAGGACCUCAUAUUCUACUACAGUGGAUUUAAAAAAAAAACUACAGGUUGCACUUGCCUUCUAGUUUUUGGAAUUAAAGUUGAUUUAAAUGCAAAACCACCUCUAAUAUGCCUCCUGAGACGUUUUACGGGUACUCUCAUUUGUUGUCCAGUGAUGCUACUUGGCUCGUUUGGGCAUGAUAUGCGCAAGAAAUGCAUUAAAUCUAAUUUGUUUAAAAACUGUCUUUGGUAAAAGCCCAUGGAAUAAUUUGUUCAUUACAAAUACACAAGGAAGCGUAACAUCAUGAAAAUGGUGCAACAACAGCAUCAACAAAAAAGGUAAGCCAAUAACACUGCUGAAAAUGAUUGACAGGUUCUGAUCCCACAGUUUUCUUUCUCAGGUCUAAAAAUGUAAACUAACAAAAAUACAUGAUAGUUUCUUGAACAUAGAACAAUAUAAGAGCAAUAAGAAUUAUUUCA